AUGAGCUGCAACGGCUGUCGCGUGUUGCGAAAAGGCUGCAGCGAGAGCUGCGUGAUCCGCCACUGCCUGGCGGGGAUCGACGGCGCGGAGGCGCAGGGCCACGCGACGCUCUUCCUCGCCAAGUUCUACGGCCGCGCGGGCCUCAUGGGGUUCAUCUCGGGGGUCGACGAGAUCCAACGGCCCGCGCUCUUCCAGUCGCUGCUCUUCGAGGCGUGCGGCCGCACCAUCAAUCCCGUUUACGGCGCUUCGGGACUUCUCUGGACGGGCCAGUGGCAUUUUUGCGAGGCCGCAGUCGACGCCGUGCUUCGCGGGGGGUCGAUAAAGCCGAUAUCUGACACUUCCUCUCCGGCCGUCACUCUCACGACCACUCCCCCUGCUCCUCAGGUCCCAACUCCCACUGUCCGGCCAAUCGUAGCCGCUUGUGCGCUCCCGACUCCCACUGUGAUGACGUCAGCGGGGCCUGUCAUGAUGGUUAGGAACUCCGCUGCACCUUCGGCGUUCCCUCCUUCCGUGCUCUCCAGCGGCGCGCCCUUUUUCCCCGGCGCGAUGGGCGUCCUGAGGCCACGUGGCGGACUGCCCGCGACGGUCUCCGCGCUCCCCGCCUUACCAGGCGCUGCAGGCGGCGUUAGUGGGCCGCUCGUAGGCGGUCUCGCGGGGAGCUACCUUCCGCAGCAACUGAUGCAGCAGCAACAGCAGCAGCAGCAAUACGCGCAGCUUCAGCAGCAGCAACAACAGCAGCAGCAGCAGCAGCAGAUGGCGCAUUUACACAACAUGUAUGCCGCACCUGGCAUCUACCAACCCAGCGCCGCCGUCUCCGUGCCGGCCGCAGGCGCUACCGUUAUGUCUGCCGGCCAGCCGAUGGCUGCGCCCAGUCAGAUGAUUUCCUAUUGGCCGGCUGUCCAUGGGUCUACCGCCCCCGCGUCCACCUUUCCCAGCGCGGCGCCAGGCGGAGUGAUGAUGAUUGCAACCCCACCACCGCCAGCUCAGAUUCCCGGGUUUUCCGUGACUGGCUUUCAGCCGAUGGCGUCCGGAAACGUGGCGGUCCCGCAAAGCCAGCAAGUGCAGAGCACUUCGGGACAGGUAGCAACUGGUGCAGCAAUGGCCGGCGCGCGGGCGGCACCAGAGCGCACGGAGAGCCCUGCCAGCUGUCUGUCCCCCAUGGCCAGUGGCGUCAGUGGGACGAGGCCGAGUGGGCUGAGCGGAUCUAAGAGCAGCAGAGGCCCCGAGGAGAACAGCGCACUGCUGCUGGCGCCAGUGGCCAGACGACCAAAACUCAUGCAUGCCCCAACCUCAGGCUCGCCGCAAUUCGUCUCGCCGAACCUGCAGCUCCGGUCAGACCUGGCCAUGGGAGGCAGCAGCGCCGCAGGAGCAAGGGCAGGGUCAGAAUCACUAGACUCUCAUGUAACAGUAGAGGCGCCAGAUUCCUACCCACCAGCCUUGUUUCCCGCACCAGGUGUUGCAGCCAACUCGUGGCGGCCCCUUUGCCAAUCUGGAUUAGAAGAGGAGAUGCGUCAGCAGCACGGCAACACCUUCCUGACUGCGCAUGAGAGUGUGCAUGGUAAGCAGACCUCUCCUGGUGAGCUGCUCCAGCUGCUGUCAUGA